AUGCUACUCUGGAUUAUUUCAAUAUCGUGCCUUCUCGCUGCUAUACCAAAGUCAUCGGGACUUCCACGGGAAGUGCACAACAGGAUUGAUCAUACGAAAGACAACGUUAAACAGGCAACAGGAACUCUGAUCGAUCACAUAUUCACGUCAAUUGAACAGCGUAAGGAAAGGGAAAAAGCUGCUCGAGAUGCACUAGUACAGGUCGCCAAAGAACUGCAACCAUAUCUGGACAAGUGA